GCGAGCCAGAGCGCACGCGCGGACGCCUUUGUUAUUUUGUUUACAUCCCACAUCGCCAUUCGGCGCCGAGCGCUCCGCCCGAACUGCCAAAAUAUUGUGAAGUGUAGUGAACAUUUACCUACGAAUCAAUCGGAGCUAGUUGUAAUAGGAUUGUUCGCUUUUACGGGUGUGGGCCUGCGAUGGGAUGGCGGCGGGCUGCGCGCGCGCCGCCGCGGUCGCGCUGCUGCUGCCGCUGGCGCUCGCCGACGUCAUUUUCCGGGUACCUGAGGUUAUGGUCCGACACGCAGCUAACACAAAAGCAGUAGGCACGGGGCGAACGAACGCGAGCCGCAACGACUCCGAUGCCGAGGCCUACGAGGGCCUACUGGAGGUCCGCUAUGAGGAGUACUUCGUGGAACACGAGAUAUCAACAGCCGACGCUAGGAAGGCCGCCGUAGCGAUGGACUUGGAUAAAAUACCGGAAACCCUGCCUGGCUGCGGAACCUGCUCCAAGCGCGAGCUGCAGUACUGCGAGACCCGGGUCCUGGCGGACCACUGCUGCUGCGAGCGGCAGGCGUUCCCGGAACCCUUCCCCUGGCUUCCUCACACUUGCUACAUGGGCCCGGGCCGGUGCAAACCCCUCAUGCAUGACUGUGCCAAGUAUAAGAGAAUACGGGAUUGUUGCUGCUAUAGGAAACUGGCUGAAAGAUGGAAGCAAAUCCUCUCCAGCUCGGGCAGGACGGGGGUCAGCGGCGCGUCCCUUCUCCUACUGUCCAUGCUGCUCUUUGUGGCGUACCUGUGACAGCAGGCGCCCCCUCCAGCCCGCCUGCCCGUGCCAGUGUAGACUCUAACUCCGGGAGAUAAGGCUCACAAUACAACACGACGGGCGUCGCGCGUUCCUUCUCCUUCUGUCGAUGCUGCUCUUUGUGGCGUACAUGUGACAGCAGGCGCCCCCUCCAGCCCGCCUGCCCGUGCCAGUGUAGACUCUAACUCCGGGAGAUAAGGUUCACAAUACAACACGACGGGCGUCAGCGCGUUCCUUCUCCUUCUGUUGAUGCUGCUCUUUGUGGCGUACAUGUGACAGCAGGCGCCCCCUCCAGCCCGCCUGCUCGUGCCAGUGUAGACUCUAACUCCAAGUGAUAAGGCUCACAAUACAACACGACGAUUGUCAGCGCGUCCCUUCUCCUACUGUCCAUGCUGCUCUUUGUGGCGUACCUGUGACAGCAGGCGCCCCCUCCAGCCCGCCUGCCCGUGCCAGUGUAGACUCUAACUCCGGGUGAUAAGGCUCACAAUACAACACGAUGGGC